AAACUGGUCGGUGUGUUCCAAAACCGUCGAUUGCGUCAUUCUUCAGGGAAGUCUAUGACUUUACGGCAGUGUUGACAUCGUCCUUCGACUGUAGUUCAGCAUGAAGUAGCUAAAUUUACAUCAAACGUUUGAUUCAAAUGAGCUUAUUUGAUCUAUUUCGUGGAUUUUUUUGGGUACCUGGAGGAGGCCAUGAUCGUGGUGAGGGCCGAAGGGACCCCUUCUUCGAUGGCAUGACCCAUGACGAUGAUGAUGACGAAGAGGAGGAUGGACUCUACUUUGAUGGUUCCCAGGGUGGUGGUGGCCAGCAGGACCUGUUUGAUAAUCAGUGGAGGUUUGGGUUCAGCAUGGGCCCAAACGGAGUGAGGAUCCAGGAGCCUGAGAUGUUUGGCCAGUUCUUCAGAGAGAUGGAAAUCUUAUCACAGCUAGGGCGAUACGAUGGUCAGUUUGGUAGGAGCAGUCAUCCUUGGCCUGGUCUCAAUAUUUUUUUUGGUGUUCCCAGUAUUGAGGCGCCCCUUUCCCAGGACAGGUCAGAGAAAGGUGGGGGAGGAUCCAGUAGUGGAAACUCCUUGAGGGACUUCAUGUUGAAAGGCCCCAAUGACUGCCCAUGCGGGUCGACUGGGCUACCAUCAGGACCAUCAGGAGAGCCCAGGGUCGAUAAGAACCCUCCAUCUGGUGGCCCAUGUUUCCCCAACGCACCCUUUUCUAAGUUCAAUGAUAUUUGGAGAGGAAGGCUACAAAGGGGUCAAAAGCAGGAGCCAAAAGCAGACAGAGAUCUGGACUCGCAAGUGUCCCUUGGAGGGCUCGAUCAGAUUCUAGCGCCACCUGCUGGGUCUUCCACUCAGCCAAAGAUGCGCUCUUACUUCCAGUCGGUCACUGUCACCAAAGUGGUGAAGCCUGAUGGGAGUGUUGAGGAGAGGCGCACAGUCCAAGAUGGCCAGGGGAACGAGGAAACCACAGUGACUUAUAUAGGGGGGCGCGAGGGGGUACAGGAUCAAGCCGGACCGCUCUUACCACCAGGUGGCACACACCCCUUUUCGGAAAUGCACGAUGAUCUUUCCUUGUUUUCAAAAUUCUUUGGAGGCAGGAGGUGAACCUAUUGAUUGGAAGCUCGGAAGAAGAAUAAAUGUCAAAUCAUUUCUAGACAUUAUUUCACUGUAUGGCAUUGUGGUAUAGUAAUGUUUAGGGUUGGGUUAUAUUUUCAGUAAGGAUUUAAUGAAGCCUGUUUAUUGUCUCUCUCUUAACUAUAGUUAGGCUGGAUAAACUAAGCUUGGUCCCAGAUCUGUUUGUGCUCUUGCCAACUCCAUUGCCAAGCCAAAAAUGACUUGGCAUGACAAGGAGUUGGCAUGAUGUUACAACAGACUGGCACUCAGGCUAGAAUAAAAAAAACUGAGUAUUUCUGUACAGUAAAACGUGUAGCAUGGCAGUGUGAUUCUUAAUUGACCAAUACCCACUAAGAGAGCUAGGUAGAAAAUAUUAUGAACAAAAUUGAAGAGUCAAAUAACCCUUUUGUGAAUAGUUUGCAGAAACAGCUCAACCUAAAUCAAGCAUAAGAAAAUUCUGACUUGUCAAUAUGCAUAUUUUAUUUUUGUGAAGUCCUUUUCAAAUUCUGCAAUGUGAAUUUAUGACUGAACAAUAGAGGCGUAAUAUAUUUACACCUAGUGUUUUUUAUAAAAUUGUGAUGCUUGUUUAAAUCUGUUGAAAAACGACCUGUCGGGGGCCCUGGUCAAAAGUAGUGCACUAUUUAGGGAAUAGGGUGUCAUAUGGGACGCAGAACUCACAUGAGGACCUCUAACCCUUUUGCCUCAAUUUGGGUCACACUACUCAGAAGCAUUUGCAUUUUUUGUAGAUCACACAAUUUUUUUUGUUGCCAUUUCUAUGAAGUAAGAUUAAAAAGAACUAGGCUCUUAUAACAAUGAAAUGGUAUUUCCAGAAAACAAGCGUAACUUGUACCUUUUUGUUGUUGCCUGAGGACAAACUGAAGUAAUUUUGAAGGGUGUUGACCAGUUUUCAACAAAAGCAUUGCUACAUGUACUCUGUAAUAUGGGUUAACUUUAAUGUGAUCUUCAUGAUGACAUCUGCUACCACAUUUUUGCUUUGCAAAAGACACACAAUCUGAUGUAUGUUUUUGCCAGAUACUUCUGUAGGUGUGGUGUUAAUGGCCUGCUAAACAACAGUCCAAGGCUUCUAAAUUUAAAAUGUACUUCAUGUCAUACACUUAUUUCUUGAGACGCAAGAGAGCUCGUAAGCUAGUAUGUCUGUUUAGAAAAUAUAGGAUGGUCAUCUUAUUGAUGAUGGAGGAUUAUCAUCAUUUAGCUAAAUGCUCACCUCUGACCUAAUCUGUUCCAUUAUAUGGUCAGAGACGCAACUGGUUUAAGAAAUAAAAAAUGUAAAAAUG